CUCUACCUUUUAUGAACUCUGUGACCCUGGGGCAAGCCAGUCUCCCAACGUUGUUUCAUUUACUUUGGAAAGGAAUACUGUGCCUGUCACCCAACAAGUUUCAACUUUCUGACUAGAUGACUUUUGUGCCAGUGAUACCAGAGCCCUACAGCCAUGUUCUCGCAGAGUUUGAGUCUCUGGAACCAUUACUCUCAGCCCUGCGGCUGGACUCCAGUCGUCUAAAGUGCACGAGCAUAGCUGUGUCUCGGAAGUGGUUGGCUUUGGGGAGUUCAGGAGGAGGACUCCAUCUCAUUCAGAAAGAAGGCUGGAAGCACAGGCUUUUUCUUUCACACAGGGAUGGUGCAAUUUCUCAGGUUGCCUGUUGUUUACACGAUGAUGAUUAUGUUGCUGUAGCUACCAGUCAAGGCCUUGUAGUUGUUUGGGAAUUAAAUCAAGAGCGUCGCGGGAAACCAGAACAAAUUUAUGUGUCUUCAGAACACAAAGGCCGAAAAGUUACAGCUCUCUGUUGGGAUACAGCUAUUCUUAGAGUUUUCAUAGGUGAUCAUGUGGGGAAAGUUUCUGCUAUCAAACUCAACACUUCAAAACAAGCAAAGGCAGCUGCUGCUUUUGUGAUGUUUCCUGUUCAGACAAUAACCACAGUUGACUCCUGUGUUGUCCAGUUAGAUUAUCUGGAUGGAAGACUACUUAUAUCUUCACUUACUCGAUCCUUCUUGUGUGACACUGAGAGAGAAAAAUUUUGGAAAAUUGGAAACAAGGAAAGAGAUGGAGAAUAUGGAGCCUGUUUCUUCCCUGGAAGAUGUUCUGGGGGCCAGCAACCUCUGAUUUAUUGUGCUCGCCCUGGCUCCAGGAUGUGGGAAGUAAACUUUGAUGGAGAAGUUAUAAGUACACAUCAGUUCAAGAAACUCCUCUCAGGGCCACCUCUCCCUGUGAUUACUCUGAGAUCAGAACCUCAGUAUGAUCAUGCAGUUGGAUCCUCCCAAUCUUUGUCUUUCCCCAAACUUUUGCAUCUUAGUGAGCAUUGUGUGCUGACUUGGACAGAAAGAGGAAUUUAUAUUCUCAUUCCUCAGAAUGUUCAGGUUCUUCUUUGGAGUGAAGUAAAAGAUAUUCAGGAUGUGGCUGUCUGCAAGAAUGAGUUGUUCUGUUUGCACCUAAAUGGGAAAGUCUCACAUCUCUCCCUGUUAUCCGUGGAGCGUUGCAUGGAACGCUUGCUAAGAAGAGGUCUAUGGAACCUGGCUGCUCGCACAUGCUGUCUUUUCCAAAAUUCUAUCAUUGCCAGCAGGGCAAGAAAAACUUUGACUGUAGACAAGUUAGAGCAUUUGAAAUCUCAGCUGGACCAUGCAACCUGUAGUGAUCUAAUUUCUCAACUAGAAGAACUGAUCUUAAAAUUUGAACCUUUGGAUUCAGCUUGCAGCAGUAGAAGAAGCUCCAUUUCAUCACAUGAAAGUUUCAGCAUCUUGGACUCUGGCAUUUAUCGUAUCAUUAGUAGUAGAAGAGGUAGUCAGUCAGAUGAAGACUCUUGCUCCCUCCACAGCCAAACCCUCUCAGAAGAUGAGAGAUUUAAAGAAUUUACCUCACAUCAGGAAGAGGACCUGCCAGAUCAGUGUUGUGGCUCACACGGAAAUGAAGACAAUGUUUCUCAAGCUCCCGUGAUGUUUGACACAGAUAAGAAUGAAACUUUUCUUCCCUUCGGCAUUCCAUUAUUUCGUUCUCCAUCUCCUCUUGUGUCUCUUCAGGCUGUCAAAGAAAGUGUCUCUAGUUUUGUACGUAAAACUACUGAGAAGAUUGGCACUCUCCACACAAGCCCUGAUCCGAAAGUGAGACCAGAGCCCAAGGGUGAUGAGCAAUCAUGUGAAGAGGAUGUGAGUUCAGUUACCUGCCCAGAAGAGGAAGACACUGAGGGGACAAAAGAAGUAACUAGUCAACCUCCAGAAGAUGAAACGUUCCAAGAACUUAAAGUAGCAACAGUGCAAGCAAUGACCAAGCUACAGGACCCUCUGGUUUUAUUUGAACCCAAGUCCCUGAGAAUGGUUUUACAGGAGUGGCUUUCACAGUUAGAAAAAACAUUUGCUGUGAAGGACUUUUCAGGAAUUUCAGACACUGACAACUCAUCUAUGAAUUUGAACCAGGAUAUGCUACUGCUUAGUGAGUCAAAAAAGGGAAUAUUAGAUGAAGAUAAUGAAAAAAGGGAGUCUUUAGGCAAUGAAGAAACUGUUGAUCAACCAGCAUGUGAAUCUGUAAGUAGUCUGAGGGAGCCCUUGGAUGAUGUUUUUCAAGUAUGUUCUGCAUGCACCAUAGCAAAUGGUCUUCAGAAAGAGCUGGCUGAAUUGACAACAUUGUGUUUGGAAUUGAAUGUCUUGGAUUCUAAGAUCAAGAGCACAAGUGAACAUGUGGACCACACUUUGCAACAAUGUUCUCCUGAGACUCUGGCUUGUCUGUUUCUAAAGAAGUACUUUUUUCUCCUGGACUUGAAAAGAGCAAAGGAGAGUAUCAAGCUUAGUUACAUUAACUGCCCUUCUGUUUGGAAUACUUUUGUUGAAGGUUUGAAAGAGAUGGCAAGUUCCAGUCCUACAUAUAUAGAGAUGGAUGAAGGAGACCUACCAACAAGAUUAAAGUUAUUAGAGGAUUCAGUUCCUUUUGAUAGUCCUUUGUUGAUUGCUUAUGCUACCCGGUUGUAUGAGAAGUUUGGGGAAUCUGCCCUUCGAUCCUUAAUCAAGUUUUAUCCAUCCAUUUUGCCAUCGGAUGUCAUGCAACUUUGUCAUCAUCAUCCUGCUGAAUUUUUGGCCUAUUUAGACAGUUUGGUGAAAUCAAGGCCUGAAGAUCAACGGUCAGCUUUCCUUGAGUCUCUUCUACAACCAGAGUCUUUAAGAUUGGAUUGGCUGCUUUUGGCAGUGUCGUAUGCUGCUCCACCAAGCACAAGCACUGUGGAUGAUGAAGGUUACCCCAGGCCUCAUUCACACUUGCUUUCCUGGGGUUACAGUCAGCUGAUUCUUUAUCUAAUUAAACUUCCUGCAGAUUUUACAACCAAAGAGAAAAUGACUGACAUCUGUAGGUCUUGUGGUUUUUGGCCUGGAUAUCUUACCCUCUGUUUGGAACUGGAGAGAAGAAAAGAGGCCUUCACCAACGUUGUGCAUCUGAACGAUAUGAGCCUGAUGGAAGGGGACAAUGGUUGGAUCCCAGAGACUGUGGAGGAAUGGAAGCUUCUCCUUCAUCUCAUACAGAACAAGAGCACAAAGCCAGCCCCUCAGGAGUCACUAAAUGGGAACCUCAGUGAUGGACCUUCCCCCAUCAAUGUGGAAAAUGUGGCACUCCUGUUAGCUAAAGCCAUGGGCCCGGAUCGGGCCUGGUCACUGCUUCAGGAAUGUGGCCUGGCCCUUGAGUUGUCAGAGAAGUUUACCAGAACUUGUAAUAUCCUGAGGAUUGCUGAGAAAAGGCAGAGAGCCUUGAUACAAAGCAUGCUUGAAAAAUGUGAUCGGUUUCUCUGGUCUCAGCAGGCCUAGUGGAUGAAGACUCAUCAGGAUGACAUGACAUUUUGAGAAAAACUGAAUCAUGCUCCUGAACCCUCUGAAUGCAUUUGUUACUGAAGAAAAGGCACCACCUCAAAACCUAUUGGGGCUGCUUUUGUCAGUGUCUGUAACCG